AUGCGGAAGCGGUCCGGCGAGAAAUGCAACGAGCAUUGCAAGUGCGGGAAGAACGCAGCGUGCGACCCAGGAGCGGAGAAACGCGUCUGCGAGAACGGAUGGACGGGAGCCAACUGCGACGAACCUCGCCCUCCAGGCUCCUACGGGCGCAACUGCGAACAGCGCUGCCCCGCCUCCCAACACGGCGAUUUUGCGACAAAGUGCGACAAAGUGCGACAUAAGUGCUACAAAAGUGCUACAAAAGUGCUACAAAAGUGCUACAAAAGUGCUACAAAAGUGCUACAAAAGUGCUACAAAGUGAAGGCAAUGAAAGCGCACCAUCCGGUCAAGUACCUCGUGUGUUUCAGCGUGCUCAUUCACCACACGACGACCCUGACGGGGCCAAAUGUUUGCAGCAAACCUGAGUGGCAUUCGAAAACGGUCACCGUCUCAUACCUGCAGCCGUACCAGUACCAAGUCGUAGAGAACGGCAGAGUCGUAUUUAAGACCGCCCAGAAGGUUGCUCAAAGGACCGAGAAAAAGAAGGAGGUGGUGCAGGUUCGGAUCUGCUGCGAAGGAUAUAUAGCGACUCAGGGUGAAUGCAAGCCUCGAUGCGCCGACCCGUGCCAGCAUGGGUAUUGCAUGGAGCCCGAUAAUUGCAGAUGCCAGCCGGGCUGGAUGUGUCAGAUACGGUGUCCGCCUGAUCGGUACGGUCAGAGUUGUCUCGGCGAGUGCAGAUGUGAGAAUGAAGGGACCUGCUCACACGUGGACGGCACCUGCACGUGCGAGGACGGGUGGACGGGUCCGCUGUGCAAUGAACGUGCUUGCCCCGAUCGCCACUUUGGACCCAACUGCUCUAUGACGUGCGAGUGCGAACCUUCCGGCACGGAAGAGUGUGCGAAGUGUCAGUCUCGAUGCACACAAGGGCGCUUCGGCGAGGAAUGCAACGAGCAAUGCAAAUGUGAGAACAACUUCACGUGCGACCCAGAAACGGAGAAAUGCAUCUGCGAGAGCGGAUGGACGGGAGCCAACUGCGACGAACCCUGCCCUCCAGGCUCCUACGGGCGGAACUGCGAGCAGCGCUGCCCCGCCUGCCAAAACGAUAUUGAACUGGAUUUCGGAUCUUCUGCACACGGUUGCGUGACCAGGAUCUCCCCAAGGAGAAAGAGGAAAGGGGAACGUGUCACCACGUACACGGAGGAUGCUCGUGUCGACCUGGCCGCACGGGUGAAAGCUGUGAGGAGGUUUGCCCACCAGGUCGAUAUGGCCUGUUUUGCCAGGGAAGAUGCAACUGCAGUGACCGUGGCGACUGUCAUCCGGUCACAGGUCGGGGAAUGCAUCUGUCAAGCCGGCUGGAUCGGGGAGGAAUGCGAAUCGCCGUGCCCGAGAGACACCUUCGGCCUUCGCUGUCUCCAGAACUGCAGCUGCCUGAAUGGAGGCAGGUGCAAGGCGACGGACGGGGAAUGCGAGUGUCGGCCCGGCUGGAUGGGUCCCCGCUGCCUGGAGGCCUGUCCCGAAGGAUAUUUUGGGGUCCGGUGCGAGAAGCCGUGCCAUCCCGUCGAUGGUUGCACCGGCAAGUCCGAGAACAAGGGUCGAGAAAGUGAGAUCCGCCGCUCCGACCCCGAGUCGAAGGGCUUCGGCGUUCUGUCGAUAAUCGGGAUCGUGGGAAUUUCGGUGACGACGCUCAUCAUCGUCCUGGUGGCUGGGCUCAUAUUCUCCAUCAGGAAGGGAUUUCGGCCCGUCAAGAAUGGGCCGAGGAAAGUUCGGCCCUGCGUUUCUCCCUCUGGUUUUCGCAGAAAUCUGCCGCCUCCGCCCAAAAAUGGGAAUAGGUUUGGGGUCGAUUAUGUCAGGUCCAAAUGGUCGGUCGAAGAGCCGACGGUUGGUGCAAGGGGCUCCAAGCGUCAAAAUGAAUCGCGGCGCUGCCGUCGUUUCGACGUGUUGCCUGUCGGGGACCGCAACGUGUUGCCUGUCGGGGACCGCGACGUGUUGCCUGUUGGGGACGGCGACGUGUGACCCCUGGCGUG